CCAAAACCGUAGCGUUAGAAGUAAAAAAAAAGCGCCAACGGAGCCAUGCCUGCACCAAAGAAAGGAGGAAAGAAAGGCAGCAAUGAAGUUAAGACCCCCCCUUAUGACCCGAAUCUCCCGGAGCCCACCAACAGGGCUGACCUGUUGAAACACUGGCUGCCCCUCACCUUGGAUGAGAAGACCGCCAUGAAGCUUCUGUGGAUCUCAGAGAACGGGACCAAGGUGGCCCGGACAACGGACGCCGUGUGCCCGUACCCCAACAGACCAGAUAGAUAUGACAACUCCCCACAGGUGCUCUGCAAGGAGGGGAUCCUGGGCUACCGUGGGUACUGGGAAGUGGACUACCAAGGCUGGGUGGUGAUCGGCGUAGUCUUGGAAUCUGCCAGCCGCAAGUCCUCAGAGGGCAGCUGUGGUCUUGGGGAGAACACCGGUUCCUGGGGGGCCGGCUGGGCCGGGUCCUCCUACAACAUCUGGCACAACGGGGAGAACGUGGACGUGCAGCUGCCUCUCGUCUCCACCAUCGGCAUCUACGUUGACCAGCCGGCCGGCAUCAUCAAGUUCUUCAUCGUGGAAGGAGAAGGCGAGAGGGAGGUGAGGCUGCUCCACAAGUACAAAGCCAAACUCACGGAGAAGGCGUUUCCCGGGCUCUGGAUCGGCACCAAGUCCCAUUGCAUCCUCCGGAAAAGCGACCAGUAACUCGGCGACAGGACGAAGAGAGCGAGGAUUGUAAAUUGAGAGAUAGCAUAGAAGAGGAAAGUAUCUCGUGUCCUGGUAACAAGUUACACAGUUACGCAAGAUCUGUGCAUAGUACCGGGUGCGAUUCUUGUUUUAGGUUCUCUCAUGAAGAAAGCUUAUUCUGUAUGUCCAUAAGGAUGCCUGAUCAAAUAAUUGCUACUGUGUACUUAACGGCGCAUUGGAAUAAUCGUAGACAUUAUGGGCAAGCUAGCUGUUUUUGUUAGAAGUAAGCCUUCUGUAAAUCUUGCACGUUUGACUUAGAUCAUUUUAUAUUUCUGUUCAUUUGUUGAUUGGUUUUGGUCA